AAAAUACGUAAUGGUCCACUUUCCACCACUGCUCAGAUGUUGUGUUGGAUGUCUUAAUAGCUGACUGGAAGGUCUGGCUCUGUUUCGCCAGCUCACCUUGCAUUCACGCACACACACAGCCAUCAAGCUCUCAUUAGAUGUCACCGAACCUAAACGAGAUUAAAGUCAAAGCUUCUUUCGAACGCUCGCCGGCUCCUUCCGCCUGACUCAGCGUCAGUUUGCUGGUUUUUCUUCUGACAAAUGAAGCUUGGAGACAAAGAUUGAGGAUGCUGGCGCCCAGGUGGUCUCUGGGGCUGUGUUUGUGGUGGCUGAGUGUUGCAGAGGUUUGGACUGCUACCUUCAAGUUGGCUCUCAUCGGUCCCUGGUCCUGCGAUCCAAUGUUCUCCAGGGCCAUGCCAACGGCGGCGGCCAACUUGGCACUCUCAAGGUUACGGAUUGACGCCAGCCUGAGCCGAGGGUAUUGGUAUGAUGUCAAACUGUUGGAUGAGGAUUGUUCCACUUCCAAAGCUCUCACAGAACUUGGUGACAUGGAGGGUUACGGCCACGCCUACGUUGGACCCUUUAAUCCCGCCCUCUGCCACGCCGCCUCUUUAUUGGCUCAACACUGGGAGGUGGGGCUGGCAUCACCCGGUUGCCUGGAUGCCAAUUGGCCCAACCUGCCACCCGUUCCUCGCCCCAGCGCGGUCCUGUUUGCCGUGUUCCGGUUCUUUCACUGGGCGCACGUUGGCGUCAUCUCAGGUCAGGAAUGUGACGAGGUCAAAUUUGUCACGAGGGUUGAAAGCUCUCUUGACGACCACCUCCACCCUUUCUCAGCUCCAGUCGACUUUUGGAUUAGCACCGGAGAGGAAGUGGCCUCCGCUCUCAGGGCUCUCGGUUUACCGGUCGGGCCUGUUGUUACCAUGGAAACGAACAUCAAAGACGGUCCUCGGGAUGCCCUUCGAGCAAUCAGAGAUGCGGACAAGGUCAAAGUGGUGAUCUUGUGCAUGAGUUCUGUCCUUAUUGGAGGGGAGGAUCAGAGAACGCUCCUACUGGCCGCUCUGGACAUGGGCAUGGUGUCUGCCGGCUACGUCUUUAUUCCAUAUGACGCUCUGCUGUACGCUCUGCCCUACCAGGACACAGUGUUCCCCCAACUGACCAACAGCACCCAACUUCGCCACGCCUACGGCUCUGUUCUGACUGUCACCAUGGCGUCGGAUCAGAAUUUCUACGAAGCUUUUCGUCAGGCCCAAAUGAAAAGAGAGAUCCGAUCAGCCAUGGCAGCGACGGAAGUGUCUCCACUCUUUGGGACCAUCUUCAACAUGGUUUACUUUGUCGCUAAGGCGGUGGAGGAGCGUCGUCAGGUGAGCGGCGGCCGAUGGGUGACCGGUGAUCAGUUGGUCCAGUCGGACGGAGGCUUUGACUACCAGGGCUUCAACCAGGUGUUGUACGGCGGCAGAGAUGGCCACGGGAUGCAGGCUGGCUAUGUGGUGCUGGACUGCGACAGCGACAAACUCGUGCCCACGCACACGCUCGCUCCAACGCACACCAUCGGGUCGGUUGGAAGUCUGAAGCCGCUGAAGCGCUCCUUCAGCUUCCCGGGAGGGAAACCGCCGAGCGCCAGCUUCUGUUGGUUCAAUCCAGAUGAGGCUUGCACAGAUACAGACGGCGUGACGGGGUUCUUAUUCUUCAUGUUGAUUUGUAUUCUGCUCGGAGCCAUUUUCGUUUGGAUCAGGAAGCGAAGGGGAGCCGAGAACACCUCGAAACUCAUUCUGACGCUCGAUGACAUUGUUUUCAUCGACACUCAAGUCAGCAGAAAGAAGCUGAACGACGAAUCGAUCAUGAGGAGUCUUCUGGAAAUCAAAACGCCACUCCGCUCAAUUGCUAGAAGCUACAUACUAACCACGCCCGAGAGCUCCAAUAUCGGAAUACUGGAGGGUGACUGGGUUUGGCUCAAGAAGUUCCCAAUGACGGGCACCACGACGGCAGUCAAUCAACGUACACAGAAGCUUUUCAGCCAGUUAAGGGACAUGCGACACGAAAACCUGAACCUCUAUUUGGGAAUCUUUGUGGACUCGGGAAUCUUUGCCAUGGUGGUGGAGCACUGCCCUCGCGGCAGCCUGGCGGACCUGUUGGCCAACAGCGACAUGAGAUUGGAUUGGAUGUUCAAAUCGUCUCUCCUGAUGGACCUCAUCAAGGGAAUGAAGCAUCUCCAUCUGCGGGGUUUAAGUCACGGCCGUCUCAAGUCCACCAAUUGCCUCGUUGACGGGCGCUUUGUGUUGAAGAUCACAGAUUACGGAAUCCCCAUGAUUAUUCACUCAGAGGGCCUCAGCGUUUCUGAGGACCCGCAAGAACUGCUGUGGACCGCACCCGAGCUCCUGAGGCAUCCCGUCAGAGGAGGCACCAUGGCCGGGGACGUGUUCAGCUUCUCCAUCAUCAUACAAGAAGUCAUAUCGCGAACUCCCCCCUACGCCAUGAUGGACAUGCCCGCCCUCGAGAUCGUGGAGCGGUUGAAGCAGCCGCCCCCUCUCUGCCGGCCCCUGGUUUCCGUGGACGAAGCGCCGGCCGAAUGUCUCGCGCUGAUGAACGAAUGUUGGAACGAAGACCCCGCCAAGAGGCCAAACUUCGAUGAGAUCUUCAAGCAGUUUCGGGGCCUCAACCGUGGGAAGAAAGCGAACAUCAUUGACUCUAUGCUGCGGAUGUUGGAGCAGUACAGUUCUAACCUGGAAGAUCUCAUCCGAGAAAGGACGGAUGAACUCGAGGUGGAGCGAAACAAGACGGACAAGCUGGUGGGACAACUGCUGCCCAAGUCGGUGGCUCAGGCUCUGAAGAAAGGGAAGCCGGUUCGACCGGAACAUUACACGGACUGCACUCUCUACUUCAGCGACAUCGUCGGAUUCACGACCAUCUCGGCUCUCAGCGAGCCCAUCGAGGUGGUGGACCUGCUCAAUGACCUCUAUACCAUGUUUGAUGCCAUCAUUGCAUCUCAUGAUGUCUACAAGGUGGAAACAAUUGGCGACGCCUACAUGGUGGCGUCCGGCGUUCCCAACCGGAACGGCCAUCGACACGCGGCCGAGGUGUCCAACAUGUCGCUAGAUAUCCUGCACUCCAUCGGAGCGUUUAAGAUCAAGCACAUGCCUGAAAUUAAAGUCAAGAUAAGGAUUGGCCUCCACUCUGGUCCAGUUGUGGCAGGUGUGGUGGGUCUCACAAUGCCCAGGUAUUGUCUCUUCGGCGAUACUGUGACCACCGCUUCACUCAUGGAAUCUUCCGGACUUCCGUACAGAAUCCACAUCAGUUUGAGCACAGUGAAGGUCCUGUCGAGUCUCAAACUGGGUUACCUUAUGGAGACCAGAAAAGCUCAGGUGAAAGGUGCAGAGGACACCUUUUGGCUGAUGGGCCGAGACGGCUUCAAUAAACCUCUGCCUGUUCCUCCGGACCUCAAGGGAGGGGCCAGUCACCACGGAAUCAGUCUUGAUGAAAUCCCGGUCGAGAGAAGACAGAAGUUCCUGGACCGACAGAAGAAAAUGAAGAAAUAGACAUUGCCAAUGGAUGCACACGCACACGCACACACACACACACACACACACACACACACACACACACACACACACACACACACACACA